AUGGAGUGGGGUCAUCGUAUAUGGGGUCGUGUAAUUGGCUUGGCUUUUCUUUUACCGGCAACAUAUUUUGGAAUUCGUGGUUAUAUGUCUAAAUCCACAAUCAAAAAAGUUAUAGGUUUAGGUGGACUCCUCGGGUUUCAAGGUUUUUUAGGUUGGUAUAUGGUCAAAUCUGGAUUAUCUGACGAGUUGAUGACAUCGGGAGCCGUCCCUCGUGUAAGCCACUAUAGACUGGCAGCGCAUUUAGGAAGUGCAUUUUUACUUUAUUCUGGAAUGGCCUUAACUGGUUUACAAGUUUUGCGUGAUGCAAAAAUAGCCAGAGGAACUUUUCCUAAGAAUGUAACCGAUGCUCUUUCAAAUCCUAUGCUUAAUAGAUUUCGUUUACUAACCAAGUUUACAGCUGCAUUAGUGUUUAUAACUUCGAUGUCAGGAGCUUUAGUAGCAGGUUUAGAUGCGGGACUUAUUUAUAAUGAAUUCCCAUAUAUGGGAAAUAAUAUUAUACCACCUUCAUCAGAAUUAUUUUCAAAGGAAUAUAGUGGACCAGAUGAAAAGAAAAUAUGGAGAAAUUUUUUUGAUAAUCCUACUACAGUUCAAUUUGAUCAUAGAGUUCUGGUAAUAAACAACGCUUUUAUUUUUAUUUACAACUUUGUAUAA